AUGGCAGACCUCUCGAGCCGUCCAUAUUCACCAAACUACUCUGGACUCGUCAAUCAAGCAGGCGUCGGUGGUUUCCUGCUCUUCCUAUGCUGGACGGGCUAUGAACUCAUGCGUUCCUCGCGGCGACACCGCAAACGCGAGCUUGGCUGGAGCUGGAAGUGGAAGGAAAGACUCGGCAGUGUCGAGAAUUGGGAAUUUGGCUAUCUAUACCAAGCCAGGUGUUGGUCGCUAAGACCGUCCGUGAGACUCCCGAGAUAUCCUCUAUGGUGGAUCAAGCAAACUAUACGGUUCCCAGAGGAUAAGCUGCCAGAAAUGAUUGGGAUAGACCAGGCGUUUUACUGCAGGUUCAUCCGAGGCUGCUGGUGGUUUACUCUCCUUCAUACAUUCACCACGCUCCCCGUGCUCCUGACCAUCAACCUCGCUCUAACACCGCCUACGAAAGAAAACCCGACAAAGUCAAUGACAAGAGCGUCACUCUCCCAGCUGAUUGCCUCUCCUGCCGGCCUGCAUUUACUAUGGAUCCACCAGUUGGCGCUCUAUUGGUUGCUCGCCACAUGGCUCUUUGUUCUUUGGUGGCUCGGAAGAGGUCUUUGGAGGUGGAGAGAACGGGCCAUAGAACGUGCACGGCGAGCGCUGAAUGACGGUGUCUCUGUGCUGAGUCCCGCCCCGUUACCACAAACGAGGCGAGAGAAGAAGGGAAAGAAGGAGAGUAGUCGGGCCCCUGAAUCCCAAAUACGACAUCAGCAAGAAGGAGAUCUCGAAUCGUCCCUCGUUACCAUUCGUGGAGAGCCAUUACCACCCUCCGUCUACAACCAUGACCCAACCUAUUCUGACGUUGGAACGGCGCCGUACCAGCACAUUCACGCCCUUCACCCUCUUCCCCCUUCUGCGCAUCCACAUACUCCCUAUGCGCCGUCACCAUCGUCUGCUGCCGACAGAGGUCUCCGUCUCCGUACUGUCAUGGUCAGCAACGUUCCCGUCGGCAUGCGAAGUGAGUCCGAGUUGAAGGAAUAUUUUGAAUACUACAUGUCCAAGCCGAUUCUUGUCCCACCCAUCACACCUGGAUUCCUCCCUCGCAUCUUCAACUGGUUCCUCCAUCGAAAACCGGCUCGGGCGGCUGCCAAGCGCGUCAUGGGGGAUAACGUCAAGCGCAUCUCCAAGACGAACCCCGUAGAUGCCGCUGUGAGGCGUAGUGCCGACGGUGGUGUCUCUACGCCGCCCAACGGUGCGCUAAGGCGCGAUGGUGUCCCGCACGAAGACUCGAAUCCAGAGCCAUUGAACGAUCCUCGCGUGGGGUUCGACUUUGGUAUCAUCGACUCUCGACCGGAAUCACCAAACUUUGAUCCCAACGCGCCACCACCCAUCAUUGAGCGUGUCAUCAUUUGUCGAAAGAUGACGGAGCUCACGAGUCGGCUUGAGCGACGGGAACAGUAUCUCCGAAAGCUCGAGGCGGCGCACUGCAAGCUUGCGAACAAGGCGUUGGAGGAUGUGAGGGAUUGGAUUGAGAGUGGUGGAAAGUUGAAGCGGUCUAGCAAGCGUCUUUCUCGCGCGUCGACGCGUUCCAACUCCAAGGAUGAUAAAGGCAAACUCCCUGCAUCGCCCAAAGCGGAAGACCUCGAGCGUGGUCCGGACAGUCCAGUGCAAGAAGUGGUAGAAGAGGCAAAAGAGGCUCCCGAACAAGAUGGGGACAGCAGUUCGGAUGAAGAAUUUGACGAAGAAAAGGAGCAAGCGCGAAUGGAAUUACUCGCAAGAGAGCUCGGUCCAUUUGUGGAAGAGUUUUACCCUGAUAUCAAGGCGCCGAGGCUUCGUCGACGAUCUCGUGGGCCCAACUCGAUUGAAGCCAAGUGGAAGGCCAAGUUUGGUGCUGGAUAUGAUCGCGUCAGUCGAGAGGGGAGUGAUGAGACGGGUGCAGCAACUUAUCCGCCGAACGGGCAGACGAAAGAAACGCCCAAUUCGGCACCUGAUUCGGGGGAGACAAGUCCACCCCGGACGCCAGAUGGACAUCGGAAGACGAUUUGGCACGUCUUGCAUGCACUUCCGCGGUCCUAUCUCGACCCAUACCAACCGCUCGUGUCGCUCUCUACCCUCUUCAGGGGCGCGACAGCACCAGCGAUUGAUUAUUAUCAUGCCAAGGUUGGGCUGUUGACAAGUCUCAUUAGUGAGAAUCGGAGUACGCCACAGAGGGAUUUGAUCCCGACCAGUACGGCGUUUGUCACGUUUCAUUCUCCUCAGGAUGCGAGGCGAUGUGUUCGGUACCUUGCAAACCACCCAGAUAAUCUGUUGGCCUGUAUAGUCGAGCCAGCGCCAGAUUGGCGAGACCUCGACUGGCAUCGUAUCGGACGGUCGACAUUCACUGGAGAAUUUUUGCGAGACUGGAUUGUCAAGGCCGGUGUUUGGGGCUUUACACUCUUUUGGAUCAUCCCCGUCGGAGCCUUGGUGGCGCUCGUGUCCGUAGACAAGAUUUCGUCGUUUAUCCCUGGACUCGCUUCCUAUUUCGACGCACAUCCGUAUCAAAAGGAGGUUAUCACUGCCUUUUUGCCGACGCUCAUUGUCGCCUUGCUCGCUAUUUUGGUGCCGAUGCUCCUUCUCUUGAUUGGGAAGCAGGCGCAUACGAUACUUACACUCAGCCGACUUCACGAUACGAUCAUGGUUCGAUAUUACAAGUUUCUCGUUUGCAACGUUCUUGUGUUCUUUUGUAUCGGUACUACGACGCUUAACGCCAUUCUUGAUCAAAUCAAGUUACGACCAGGGGGAGGCAACGUGCAGCAGGAGCGGACCGACUUUGUCAAGAUUGUUGCCACGUCCUUUCCCAAUGCGGCUCCGUUUUAUGUCGGAUGGUUGGUGUUCCAGACAGCAAUGCAUAGUGGAUUGGAGCUAGGACUUUAUGGAGUGAUCUAUCCCGGAACUCGUGCGUCGACUACACUUCGACGGCGAGAGGUCGGUAUUCGACCGCGUACCUAUAACUUUUAUUACUGGCUUCCUAAUCACGUCAUGGUCAUGAUGAUCGUCAUCGUCUUUACCAUUCUUAACCCCUUGGUUAUUCCGUUCUCGCUGAUCUAUUUCGGCGUCGCGGUCGCUGUUCAUAAGAACCAAUUGAUGCGCGUCUACUCGAAAUGGUACGACCAAAAGGGAACAAUCCUGUAUAUUCGCAUCUUGCGCUACUCCCUAGAUGGAUUCCUCUUUGCAGAGAUCGUGUUCCUGGCGCUGAACAUUCUUACGAAACGCAGUAACCCCGGUCAUGAAGCAGACGUUAUUGCUGCCAACUUUGGAUUGACUGGUAUACUUCUCAUCGUCACGACCGCUGCCAAGAUCUACUUGACCACUGUUUUGCGAUCCAAAUUUGAUGCUCUGGAUGUCAAAGAAGCCGAUGUCUAUCAUAAUACUCACCAAGUGAAUGCGGAGCGGGGUAUUCCACCACCUCAACCCGAGUCCAUCUCCAAGCAUGAUGACAGCGCAGAGAACGCGGGCCUCCUUGCCAACACUCAAGGGUCGCCAAAGGUGGAAGAAGAUCUAGAGCCAAAAGUUGACUAUCACCCUGGUAGCGUUCGUCUCUGGAAUUGGAAGUUACCGACGACAGAGGAAGACGUGCUCUAUCGCACCCUCCCUGGACAUUUCGCGGCUCGUCCGCUUAGUCCACGUGCUGCGAUUCCUUUCGACCUCGGUGAUGGUGAACCGGUCAGUGAUGGUGAAGGUAUGGCGAAGCACACAACAGUCCCCAGUCGUAGUCCUCCUCGGGCAUACGCACGACGAUGGUCUGUUGGUGCCGUUGGCGUCGGGGGUGUAACGUUUCCCAAGGAGCUCACGGAUGCACUCGAGUCGCCUACAUCUCCCACCAGCCCACUUACAGCCACAAGCGUUGCGCCUUUGCUUGCCCAUGCAUCUGCGAUGGAACACGCACGUCAAUCCAUGGAACGCGGUCAGGAGGCCACGAUUCGCGCCGUCAACAAGGCGCUGGCACUGACCGAGGCGCGCGAUGGCAAUGGACUGGAUGCGCAUGGCCGUGGACGACCAGGAAUGGGACGUGCAACUAUCAGCUUUGACACGCCACCUAUUAUCAUACGCGAGAAGAAGCCGUCGAUCACGUCUUCGUCUGCUCCCUCUGCCGCUUCGAGGGCUGCCAGCUCUCGGGGUAGUUCGAGCCUGCGAAGCUGGAUCGACUUGCAGGGUGCCUCUCCACAGAAUCCUCGCUCCCAGUCGUCGGAUCCUCUUCCACCGCUGAUUCGACCGCAUCCAAAGACGGGACCAUGGGACGAUGCACCGCGCUACGAUAUUCCAUAUCAUAAUCCUGCGUAUACGUGCACGCUCGACGACUUUUUGUGGCUCCCUCGCAACCCGUGUGGAAAGCUCAAUCUGGACGACUCGAUCGAGAUGCGCAAGGCCAUUCGUACAGAGGCACAUUUGGGUGCGAUGGGCGAGUGGGUGGAUGACGGCAGUUCGUUUGAUGUCAUUCCGCGCAACACGGUGGCUAGCGUGGAUGUUGUGCCUGGGACCGUCCAUCCGGACAAGAUGACCGUCUCGAGUGCUGGUGGCGCUCAGACGGGAAGCGAAUUGGUGGGGACCGACGAUGCGAACUCGGGCGCAAUUCCACUCUCGCGCCGGAUCACGAUUGCGACGACGAGCUCAGUGGCACAUCAUACGCAAAAACUUCUUAGUGGGAUGGAACAUAUCCACCUUCCUGCGGGAAUUCGUGCUCGAGUGUCCAAGAAGGCGGCGGAUGAGUUCGGAUUCAGGAGGAAGAAGCAGCGCCCACCGCCCAUUAUGCUCAGUCCCAGUGCGGAGGAAAUCGAGCAGUCUGAAGGUGCUGCGAUAGAAGAAGAGGCCAGACAUAGCGGCUACUUUACCAUCCGCGACCGACGGCCAAGUACGACGAUUCGACCCGUGCUGAGGAUGUCUGGCAGCGGACGUUACCCACAUUCUCCGAGCGGUGGUCGAACAGAGGGUCAUGCGUCUACCUCUACGUUGGGUGUCAACCGACGACCCAGUUCUCGAUCGAUAUUCUCUCGGUAUUCGUCUGCCGCGACGACGCACUCGAAUGUAUCUGCAGGCGGAGAGAGCGGGAUGGACGUGACGCUGGAUCCGGCGUUGAUGCCUGAUAUUAGUACAGCUUCGCCAUUCUUGGGGCCAGAGUUGCAGAUUGUGAUGACGAGGCGGAGUACACUCGGACUUCCAACAUCUCCUCGCUCGACAGAGGCACUAGAGGCUACAGACCCGCGUCGGACGCACAGCAUGUUCGUACCCGGCGAACCAGUGGGCGAAGGAGCGGGUGUAGCUGGACCCCUCUCGCCGUCCGAUCCAACUCACGAGCUUGGUAUGCGGCGGAUGCGAUCUCAUGGCGGGAUCUCUGCUAUAUCCCGCGCGGGUAACCGACCUGGUUCUUCUGUACUUGGAGGGGGAGGAGGGCGGCGAAGAGGGGGCAGUCUGAGCAUUCGUGAUGCCAUUGUGGGCGAGGUUCUGGCCGAAGAGCAGGUGGCAACUGCCAAGCGACUACAAGAAGAGAUACAGGAUGCGGAAAGGGCAGCUGGCCCCAGGAGUUAUUGGACUGGAUGGAUGUGGAGACAGGUCCCGAACAAUGCCCACGUCCCCCACCCACCAAUAUCUCUUUCAGAACACCGAGAGCAAGCGGAACAAGACGCACGGCUGCAUCACGGCCAACAGGAUCAGCAUCUUGCGCAAGAAGUCCGGCAGUUUCCUGUUGUAGAGGAAGUCCAUGCAUCUCCAGAGGAGGAACUAGGACAAAACGUGGCUGUUCCACGUGCAUCAUCGUCUUAUAGGGAUCUCACUCGAGCGGAGUGA